AUGACAUCUUUUAGAUCGCUAGUUGCUCUUUCACUCAUACUUUCGCUUCUUAUGUAUAAGCCUGCUCCACUUUAUAUUCUGGAUGAAGUUGAUGCUGCCCUUGAUCUUUCUCAUACACAGAAUAUUGGACAGUUAAUAAAAAACCAUUUUAAACAUUCCCAGGACGGCAUGUUCAACAAUGCUAAUGUUCUAUUCAAGACCAAAUUUGUCGAUGGUGUUUCCACGGUUACUCGACAUGCCAUUCUGCGAAAUUGUAAUCCUACUGCUUGUGGCGCAUCAAGUUCGACUGGUUCCAAAGCCGUUAAUGGUCAUGGAAGUGAGGAUGCUCCUUUGCGAAGAAAAGUGCGUUAG